AUGUCGAAAAAUAAGUCCAUCGAGGAGAGGUACCAGAAGAAGUCGCAGAUCGAGCACAUCCUGCUGAGGCCAGACACGUACAUAGGGAGCGUGGAGAUGCACACGCAGCUGCUGUGGGUAUGGAACAAGGAGCGCAAUCGGAUGGUGCAGAAAAAUAUAACCUACGUGCCGGGGCUAUACAAAAUAUUUGACGAAAUAAUUGUUAACGCGGCAGAUGUGAAGGCCAGGGAGAAGGAGAAAAGCGAAAACCCUAUGACAUGCAUCAAAAUAGAAAUUAAUAAGGACCAAAAGAAAAUCAGUGUGUAUAACGAUGGGGAAGGAAUACCAGUGGACAUUCACAAAGAAAUGAACAUCUACGUGCCGCAUAUGAUUUUUGGGGAACUCCUUACUUCGGACAAUUACGACGAUGCGGAAGACAGAAUCACAGGUGGGAGGAACGGGUUCGGAGCAAAGCUGACCAACAUAUUUAGCAAAGAAUUCGUGGUGCAGUGUGGAGACAGCUCCAGAAAGAAAGAAUUCAAAAUGGUGUGGACGGAUAACAUGUCUAGAUUUUCGGAGCCACACAUUAAGAACUACAAUGGGAAGGAUUACGUGAAGGUUACCUUUAAACCGGACUUGGCCAAAUUCGGGAUGACCGAAAUGGAUGAUGAUAUAGAGAGUUUGCUGUGCAAGCGGGUGUACGAUUUGGCCGGCACGUGCAGCGUGAGGGUAUAUCUGAAUGGGAACCGGCUGGCCAUAAAGGACUUCAAGAGCUACGUCGAUUUGUACUUGAAGGACAACGCGGGGGUGAGUCCCGGGAAUGGGGGCUCAAGCGGAAGUGGAAGCGGUGGUGGAAGCGGAAGCGGCAAUGGGAGUGGCGGCGGAAAUGGCGGAGGCGGCGAGGCGAACAACGCGGCGGAGAACCCCGACGUGAGCGCGUCGCAGGAGCCCGGGGAAGCCACCCCCAGCAAGAGCAACGCCGCGAACGGGGCGAACAACAACGACGAAGAGGAAAUUGUGAAAAUACACGAGAAGCAGCACCGGUGGGAAAUAGUCGUGUCGAAGACGGACGGCUCGCAAUUCCAGCAGGUGUCCUUCGUCAACAGCAUCUGCACGACGAAAGGAGGGUCGCACGUGAACUACAUAGUAGAGCAGCUGCUAAACUCGCUCAGUAAGAAGGCCAACGCGAAGAACAAAGGAGGAAUGGAAAUCAAAUCCGGGCAUAUAAAGAACCACUUGUGGGUGUUCGUGAAUUGCCUAAUCGUUAACCCUACGUUCGACUCACAGACGAAGGAGACCUUGACGACCAAGCCGGUCAAAUUUGGAAGCAAAUGUAUCCUAACCGAUAAAACGAUCAACAGCGUUUUGAAGAGCCCCAUCUUAAGUAACAUCCUACUGUGGGCCCAAGCAAAGGCACAAGUAGAAUUGAGGAAGAAAAUGAAGGCGGGCUCAUCCAAAGCGAGAGAAAGAAUUAUUGGCAUACCCAAACUGGAAGAUGCAAACGAUGCAGGGAGUAAGUACAGUCAGGAGUGCACUCUCAUUCUUACAGAAGGGGAUAGUGCCAAGACGUCCUGUCUCGCUGGACUCUCCAUUGUAGGGAGAGACAAAUAUGGGGUGUUCCCCCUCAAGGGGAAGUUACUAAACGUGAGGGACGCCUCGUUUAAGCAACUGAUGGAUAAUAAGGAGAUACAAAACAUUUUCAAAAUUAUGGGAUUAGAUAUUACAGAUAAGAAUAAGGAAGAUAUAAAAGGGCUGCGAUACGGGUCGCUUAUGAUAAUGACCGAUCAAGACUACGACGGUUCGCACAUCAAGGGGUUACUAAUCAACAUGAUUCAUAAGUUCUGGCCCAGUUUGCUAAAGCAUAAGGGGUUUCUAAGCGAAUUUGUAACUCCAAUUGUGAAGGUCCAGAAGGGGAACCAGGAGCAUUCCUUUUUCACCAUCGCGGAGUAUGAGCAGUGGAAGGAGAGCACCAAUCUAGUCGGCUGGAAGAUUAAAUACUACAAAGGGCUGGGAACCUCCACCGAUAAAGAGUUCAAACAGUACUUCUCCGAUAUUAAGAAUCAUAAAAUUAUGUUCCUCUGGACGGGGGACCGAGAUGGAGAUUCGAUCGACAUGGCAUUCAGCAAGAAACGAAUUGAAGACCGGAAAUUGUGGCUGCAGAAUUUUAUCAUCGGCUCGUAUGUAGACCAUAAGGAGAAGGACCUGUCCUACUACGAUUUUGUGAAUAAGGAGCUCAUUUACUACUCACGGUAUGACACUGAGCGGAGCAUACCAAACAUCAUGGAUGGGUGGAAGCCGGGGCAGAGGAAGGUGCUCUACGGGUGCUUUAAGAGGAACUUAAAGAAUGAAUGUAAGGUGGCCCAACUGGUGGGGUACAUCGCGGAGCAUAGCGCCUACCACCACGGGGAGUCCUCCCUACAGCAGACCAUUAUCAAUAUGGCCCAAACGUUUGUCGGGUCGAAUAAUAUAAAUUUUCUUGAACCCUGUGGACAGUUUGGUAGCAGAAAGGAGGGGGGAAAAGACGCUUCCGCCGCUAGGUACAUUUUCACCAAAUUGGCUAGCUCCACAAGGAGCAUAUUUAACGAAUACGAUGAUCCCAUUUUGAAGUACCUAAAUGAGGAGGGGCAAAAAAUAGAACCACAGUACUACAUCCCAGUCAUCCCCACCAUCCUGGUGAACGGGUGUGAGGGAAUCGGAACAGGCUACUCCUCCUUCAUCCCCAAUUAUAACUAUAAAGAUAUUAUAGAAAAUAUUAAGAGGUACAUUAAUAAGGAACCCCUCCUCCCCAUGAUCCCCUGGUAUAAAGAUUUCAAAGGAAGAAUAGAAUCGAAUGGGAAGACAGGCUACGAAACUAUAGGUAUAAUUCACAAGAUAGACGAUGAGACGUUAGAAAUUAACGAGUUGCCAAUUAAGAAGUGGACGCAAGAUUAUAAAGAAUUUCUGGAAGAGCUACUCACCGAUGAGAAACACCAACUGAUUGUAGAUUACAUAGAUAACAGUUCCCAUGAGGAUAUUUGCUUUACCAUCAAAAUGGAUCCAGCCAAGAUGAAGAAGGCAGAAGAGGAGGGACUAGAAAAGGUUUUUAAAUUGAAAAGUACCCUCACAACGACUAAUAUGACUCUGUUUGAUCCAAAUUUGAAGCUGCAAAGGUACUCCACCGAAUUGGACAUCCUCAAAGAUUUCUGCUUCCACCGACUGAAGGCAUAUGAAAAUAGGAAGAGCUACCUAAUAUCCAAAUUGGAAAAGGAAAAGAAAAUCAUUUCCAAUAAAAGCAAAUUCAUCCUCGCCAUCGUCAACAACGAACUUGUGGUCAGCAAGAAAAAGAAGAAAGUCCUUGUGGAAGAGCUGUAUAGAAAAGGAUAUGACCCCUAUAAAGAUAUUAACAAAAUUAAAAAGGAGGAAAUCUUCGAGCAGGAGCUACUCGAGUCGGUUGAAAAUCCAGAAGAUAAUGAAGAAAUAAUUGCUGGCAUUUCUGUUAAGGAUUACGACUACCUGUUGAGUAUGCCCAUCUUUAGUCUCACCCUAGAGAAGGUAGAAGAACUCCUCGCACAGCAUAAAGAAAAAGAAAAAGAAUUAGAAAUUUUAAAAAACAUCACUGUGGAGACCAUGUGGUUGAAAGAUAUUGAAAAGGUCGAAGAAGCUAUUGAGUUCCAACGCAAUGUAGAACUAGCCAAUAGGGAGGAGAGCAACAGAUUUAAGGUUGCCAAAAAACAAACCGCUAGCAACUUCAGGAAGAAGAAAAAGAAAAAGAAACUCUCCAGUGACGACGAAUCAUCAGGUGACUCAUCAGAUAGUAGUGAAUUCCUAGUGCACUCCUUAAACAUUAGGAAGAAUAAAAAACCGCCAAAUAAUAAUGGCCCCAAUAGCACUACGCGAAAAAGAUUAAGGAGAACGGAUGAGGCAGCAGAUAACAAUGACACACCCAUAUUGGUCAAUGGAGACUUAGACAAUAGCGUAUCUCUCUCCAAGGCAGCCGACGAUGCUGCCACCAAUGUCUCCGAUUCAACGCCGCUUCUUAGUAAAAUUCUAGCGGACGCCGAUGCAGACGUCACCGUUGUGGCUAGCCAAAAUAACCGCAAUAGCAACAAACCUAGUAGUAGUAGUAAAAACUCCAGGAGGAAAAAGCCGCCCUCUCCGGAGCAGUCCCUCGAGAGUAUCGAGCCCAACGGGGUCGCGCCCGGCGCGCUCGACCAGACCCCCAGCAAGCCGCUAGGCAUCCCCGAGAACAUCACCAUUUCGCCCAACAGCACCAUCAACGUCAAUGACUUCUCCGGCAUCCGGAGCAAGUUGCUCGAGCUGGAAAAUAAGAAGAAGCCGCGACUGACCCUGGCCGAGAAGGUUAAGAUGAAAGCCACGGAGAAGAAGGGCAGCCCCACGAAGGAAAGCUCCGGCGGAAAGUCCCCACCCAAGAGGAAGAAGAGCAACUUACUGGAUGGCUCAAAGUCGAAAAAGGGAGCCAAAUUUGACAGCGACGAUUCGAGCAAAGAUUUUGCCUCAUCAGAUGACAGUGACAGCUCGUAUAACAUAUAA